AUGGCGGCCGCUACGGACCAUCUGCUCUGCCAAGAUCUUUCUACGCUGGAUGUCAGCAAGCUGACACCCCUUUCCCCCGAAGUGAUUAGCCGUCAAGCAACAAUAAACUUCGGAACCAUCGGUCACGUCGCGCAUGGCAAAUCGACGGUUGUACGGGCAGUUUCGGGGGUUCAGACGGUGCGCUUCAAGCAUGAGAAAGAAAGAAACAUUACCAUCAAACUUGGCUAUGCAAAUGCAAAGAUUUACAAGUGCACAAAUCCUGACUGCCCUCCUCCCGAGUGCUACUGGUCAUAUGGUUCCUCGAAGGAAGACGAUCCCCCGUGUUUGAGGCCGGGAUGCGGUGCCAAGAUGAAGUUGAUGCGGCACGUAUCCUUCGUGGACUGUCCAGGGCACGAUAUUCUCAUGGCGACAAUGCUGAACGGCGCCGCUGUGAUGGAUGCCGCUCUUCUGCUGAUUGCGGGAAAUGAGAGCUGCCCGCAGCCGCAGACUUCUGAGCACUUGGCAGCAGUUGAAAUUAUGCGCCUUCAGCAUAUUAUCAUUCUGCAGAAUAAGGUGGAGCUGAUCAAGGAGUCUCAGGCGCUGCAGCAGCAGCAAGAAAUCAAGCAAUUCGUUGCAGGUACUGCUGCCGACAAGGCACCCAUCAUUCCGAUUUCCGCCGUGUUGAAGUACAACAUCGACGUCCUUUGCGAAUUGAUUUGCACCCUCGUGCCCGUGCCUCAUCGCGAUUUUUCGCGUCCGCCUCAACUCAUCAUUAUCAGAUCUUUUGACGUCAACAAGCCUGGAGAAGAGGCUGAGAAGCUGCAGGGUGGGGUCGCUGGAGGCUCGAUCAGUGAAGGCUUGUUGCGGGUUGACGAUGAGAUUGAGAUACGGCCGGGCAUUAUCAGCAAAGACAACUCGGGAGUUAUUCAAUGCAGGCCCAUUGCGUCGCGCAUCAUUUCGCUCUUUGCGGAGGAGAAUCCUCUGCAGUUUGCCGUUCCAGGGGGUCUAAUUGGAGUCGGAACAAGAGUCGAUCCCACAUUAACGAGGGCAGACAGAUUGGUGGGGCAGGUCCUUGGACACCCCGGGAAGCUCCCGGACUGCUAUAUCGAGAUCGACGUAAAUUACUAUCUUCUUAGGCGUCUUCUCGGCGUCAAGAGCCAGGAGGGAGAGAAAUCUACAAAGGUUUCCAAAUUGAAGAAGGGCGAGUUCGUGAUGGUCAAUGUAGGAUCGACGUCGGUGGGAGCGCGCAUUGCGGGCAUCAAACCCGAAGUCGCCAAGCUGGAGCUCACAGGCCCUGUCUGCACGCGAGUGGGUGAUAAAGUUGCACUCAGCCGGCGUGUGGACAAGCACUGGCGCCUCAUUGGUUGGGGGCAGAUCAAUAAGGGUAAGACAAUUUUGCUGCAGGAUGCACUCUAA